CCGCCCAGUUGCCCUAGUGACUGUGGCCUGUCCCCUUCUCCCAGCUGCUGUAUAAAUAGAGGUGCCGAGCAGCAGAGAGCUCCUGGCAGCCACCAUGCAGGGACUCAGGCUGCUGUGCUGCUGCGUGGCGUCUCUCCUGCUCCUCGGGGCUGCAGAAUUGCAAGUUUCUGCCUCGGGGGGCACUGAAGAUGUUGCCAAUUUUGUUGAGAAUCACUUAUCAGCUGGAGACCAGAGCCUAGAGGGGAACGAAGGGGUACUUUGCCCAAACUCUGUACCUCCAGAGAAGACUGUUCUCCUCCAGCCUGCAGACAGCAAUGAGGCAGCAGCCCAGGAAAGGAGCGGAAUGCCACAUGACUGUGGUUCCAAGACAGGUGCUGAUAUAAAUAUCCCUGUUGAUGGCUUGAACAAUGACAGCCAAGAGGAGGACAAUGACAUGAACAUUGCUAAUGCUUUUUCAUCGGUUUCAGAACAUGAUGCUGCCACAGGCAGCAAUGCUGAUGGAAGCGAGAUUGUGGCGAGAGAGACGGAGCCAGCAGAAGGGACUCCUCUCCCAGGGGAAGACAUGGAAGAGCUGCUGGCCAAAGAACAGCCCGGAGGCAGCAGGAGUGAAGCUGCAAAGGAGAGCAAGGAGGAGAAGGAGCUCCAUGUGGCAGGGGUAGAAAUCAGGCUGGAAGAGGCUGGGAGGAAAGAGGACAGGCAAAACUCUCCUCCUGCCACAGCAGGGAGUUUUGAAGAGAGCACCCACCUCCCUGCAGAAGAGAGGCAGGUUUUCCAGCAUGGUACAAAGGCUCUGGCUAGAGAGGAGGUAGCAGCAGCAGAGCGCCACUCAGGGCCUGACGAUGGGAAAGAUGCUGCCAACAAGGAAAGCGAAGUCGGUGAGGCCUCCCAGAGGAGCAUGCCGCCUUCGCCAGCCAACGGGGAAUCGCCUCCUCAGGGAGAUGCACAUAGGGCUGAACCUGUUCUAGCAGAGCCAGGAACUCUUGAGGAAGAGGGGACACAGCUGGAAGAAGGCUCUAAAGAAGACAAGAGCCGUAUUCCACAUGCUAACCAAGGUGCCGAAUCUCACAUGCAAGGUGGGAAUCAUGCAAACAAGCAAGACAAAGAAGUCUCUGCCUCAGAGACCAGUCAUGUCUCUGGGGACCCUCUUGGGGGCAAUGGACUAGCUGCAAAAGAGAAGGAACCUGAUUCAGGCAACAGAACUGGUGACAGUCCUGUGGGAGAGACCACCACUGAUGGCCAGGCAGCGGAAAGGGACCGAGAGGAACCAAGCACUGCCUCUGCUGAGGCAGUAGGAGAAAACCCUAACUUGGAAGCAGAGGAGUCUGAAGAAAGUUCAGAGGAAGAGGAUGAUGACCAGGAAGAGUCUGAGGAAGAGAGUGAUGACUCAGCAGAGGAAGAGAGUGAUGACUCGGCAGAGGAAGAGAAAGAGGCGGCUGGCUUGGCAGAGGAAAAGGGUGGUGAUCCGACAGAGACAGAGGAAGAGAGGGCUGGCCCAGCAGAGGAAGAGGAAGAGGGGACUGGCCUCGUAGAGGGGGCUGACCUGGCAGAAGAAGAGAGUGGUCAUCUGGCAGAGGCAGAGGGUGGUGAUGAGGCAGAGGGGGCUGGCCUGGCAGAGGAAGAGGGUGGUGAUCCGGCAGAGGCAGAGCCUGAAGAAGUCAUUGCCCCAGAUGUCCGAGUGGCUGCUAGUGACAUGGAAGACCACGGCCAUGUCAAAGAGGAAGAGAUCAGUGGAGUGGAAGCUAAGUCUGAUUCUGCAGGCCAGAAGAAUGCACCCCACAGAGACAUGGAGCAGGACAAAGCUCACUCUCACAAGAGUAACCCAGCUGUAGCAGGAAGCCUUUCCAUGGAUGCGCAGUUAGUGGCAGAGACAGAGAGCCCACCAGGCAACAACCGUCUUCCUGCUGCUGCUGUGCCUGACCCCAGACAAAUAGAAGAGACAGAAGAUGUUGGGGAGACUGCCAAGAGGGACCGGUCCCAUAUAGAGAGCACCCUUAAACUGGGUGAGGCUAAACCUGCAGACGACUACUCAGCAACACUGCAGCGGUUGAGGAAGAUCUAUCACUCCUCCAUCAAACCCCUGGAGCAGUCCUACAGAUACAACGAGCUCAGGCAACAUGAGAUCACAGCUUACCAUGGACGUACCUUGGGCUCCUCAGCCACAGAUGGGGAGAUUACAUCCAAGCCAAUGGUGCUGUUCUUGGGACCAUGGAGCGUUGGCAAAUCCACCAUGAUAAACUACCUCCUAGGACUGGACGACACACCCUACCAGCUGUACACAGGGGCCGAACCCACCACCUCUGAGUUCACGGUCAUCAUGCACGGCCCAAAGCUGAAGACCAUCGAGGGCAUCGUGAUGGCUGCUGACAGUGCACGCUCCUUUUCGCCCCUCGAAAAGUUUGGGCAGAACUUCCUGGAGAAGCUGAUUGGGAUAGAGGUGCCUCAUAAGCUUUUAGAGCGGGUCACCUUUGUAGACACACCGGGCAUCAUUGAAAACCGCAAGCAACAGGAACGAGGUUACCCAUUCAAUGAUGUGUGCCAGUGGUUCAUCGACAGAGCUGACCUCAUCUUUGUUGUCUUUGACCCUACAAAGCUGGAUGUGGGGCUGGAGCUGGAGAUGCUGUUUCGCCAGCUGAAGGGCCGAGAGUCUCAGAUAAGAAUAAUUUUGAACAAAGCGGACAGUCUCGCCACCCAGGAGCUUAUGAGAGUCUACGGCGCCUUGUUCUGGAGCUUGGCUCCUCUGAUCAAUGUCACUGAACCUCCCAGGGUCUAUGUCAGUUCCUUCUGGCCCCCAGAGUAUCACCCUGAAACCCACAAGGAUCUGUUCCUUAAAGAAGAGAUCUCUCUCCUGGAAGACCUUAACCAGGUGAUUGAAAACAGGCUGGAGAAUAAGAUUGCCUUCAUCCGCCAACAUGCCAUCCGGGUUCGCAUCCACGCCCUCCUGGUCGACCGCUAUCUGCAAACCUACAAGGACAAAAUGACCUUCUUCAGUGAUGGGGAGCUGGUAUUCAAGGACAUUGUGGAAGACCCUGACAAGUUCUACAUCUUCAAGUCCAUCCUGGCAAAGACCAAUGUCAGCAAGUUUGAUCUCCCCAACCGCGAGGCUUAUAAGGACUUCUUUGGCAUCAAUCCCAUCAGCAGCUUCAAGCUGCUAGCUCAGCAGUGCUCCUACAUGGGAGGAUGUUACCUGGAGAAGAUCGAAAGGGCCAUUACUCAUGAGCUUCCUGAUCUCUUAGGGAGUAUUGGCUUGGGGAAGAAGCCCAGUGUUCUCUCCUGUGACACAACUGGCUGUGGUGAAACCCCAAGGAACCGCUAUAGGAAACCAUAACAUGCUAUGUACUAACAUAACCAUUCAUGUGUUCCUAUUGGUGAAUGAGCUUAUGUCUUAUCUGUCCAAGAAGCCAUGGUUUAUUAACCCUUUGAGUGCCACACUGGCAAGAGCUACUGUACAAGGAGGACUUUGAGUCAUUGACAUUAAUGGCAGGGAAAGUGGGGUGGGCAUAGAAAAGAGAAUAAAGAACUGUGAAUUCCUGACAUUUUAUCUUUGUUAUUUGAAAUAGAAAGCAAUGUUUAAGCUGUAAGUAAAAGCAACAAAUGGUGACCUAAAGCUUUAGCUGCUUUUUCAUUGGUACUGAAGUUCAUGAGUGUGGAACAAGAAGUUCAGCCUUUGCAUACACUAAGCAGGCGGGGAGUAGGAAACGCAGACUCUGGAAUGAUAACCUGGAGGAAGGCUCCAACGCCUUGACCUGGAGAACUGGAGAGGGUCACCCCUGGGGAGAGAGAGAUCCAGCAGAGUACAUGUCAGCUUUUGGUGGCUGUAUAUAGGUACAAGGACCACAGAAAUGCCUAUAAAUAAAUAAUAAUCUGUUUUUUUCUUUUCAAGACUUGUAGGCCAUCAGGUUCAGUUCUUUUUGAGCUCCAUUUGGAUGACAGUUGAGCUGUAACUCAGAAUCUUUAGCAUUCACCCAGGUAUUAGCCCUCUCCUAUCCCCAGGGGUAGGGAAAGAAAGACCCCAUGUCUGUGUUUAGACUGGAUUCAGUCCAAUCUCUGGGAACAUCUGGCAUUGUUAGCACCAAAUGCAUGUCCCAGGUGGGACUUGGAAGUCUGGCUCAUAAAGAGAAAUGGACUGGAGCUGAAAGAGCAAAGGCACUUAGGUUACAUUUGAGAGACAGUGGCUGUAACUCAAGAAAGCUCAGAAGAAAGCAUUUGAAAGCAUCAGUCUGUCCCUGUGCCUCAGAAGAGGCAGGGAGCUUAGUGUAUGCAUUUGCUGUUAGCGUCACGCAGUUGUUGGCAAGUCAAGCACAAACCUUAGUAGGGCUCAGAGGGUUAAUCGAUUUGCAUUUUGACCUUGUUUUUGCCAGUGUUGCAUGUUUUCUCCGAGUCAGAUCCCUGCGUUGUUGUGCAGUUUGGAGGAAGACAGGAAUACCCUCCAUUUCACAGCUGUUGCCUGUUUUCUCUUCCAAUCUUUUUGCUGUAGGUUAGGAAGUCGAAGGUGUCUGGGCCCUAUCUUAUUUGGGCUGAGCCAAGCAGUCAUAUUUAUUUGUUGGUGUUGCCAUGUUGUUCACUUGCCCCAACACACCAACAGCCAAAAUUGUGAGUUGCAGGAAAUGAUGCCAUUGGAACCAGUGCCAGCCUCUCUGUGGACAUAGUUCAUUGCAGAUGGCAACUAAAGAACAGAGAAAGUAUGGGAGCCCUCUUCACUAAGCAAGCAUUGUUUGGUUGCAAUAACCUAGCAUGGCUGGUGGUUGAGCUAAGCAUUAACUGAAGAAGAAGGUGGAUGUUGCCCUGAACGGUGAAUGGUGUUCGAGACCUGUUAAAUAGCCUUUCUUCAUUUCUCCCUGUCAAAUGGACCAGAGCUGAGGCUGGUCUUCAGAGAACCUUCUGAGCAGAAGUACUCACUGUAACAUACCUGUGGGCCUUAUCUGCCCGAGGUCAAGAAUUUAAUGAAAUGCCAAGCAAAGCAAGACAAAGAUAGAAAGACAAAAGGAAAUAAGAAAGCCAUAUGUUGGCUUUUUAAAGAAGAAAUUUGAGCAGAUGAGAAAGUGGAAGGUGCUGACCAGAGCCUGUUGGGAGCAUGGCAUUGGGUCUGAAAGGAAGCACAUCUCUGAUCCACAUCUGUGAAUAGAGAUGGAGCUGUGGCUACAGAAGAAUCAAACAUAUCUAGCACUGGUCUGGGAUUCAGCUUCCUUGGUGCCAAAACCUUGAGUUUAAAAUAAACGGUCUUUUAAAGCAAUCCGGGUUAGUUCUAGUGGGCAUUGUUUCAUGGGUGCUUGACUUGGUCCAAAUGUGUCACCCUGGAGGACACAGCCGAUGGGUAAUGAGUCUCCAAAGGCUGGGUGCCGGAGAAGAAACAAGUAUAUCAAUGAGUACUCCAAGAGGGCAGGUUACAUGCCAAGGGAUUUUGUGCACAGCACUGAAAGGAACAGGGGCAGCUAAUGAAGGCAAGAAGAGGUGUCAGAGAAACUGGCAUCUGAAAUAGCACAAAGAGAAGUGACAUGCUGGUGAGUCAAUACUGAGUGAGGUCUCAGACUGCCUUGGAGCUGCUUCUUCCAUUCACUUCUGUUCUUCUCCUCUCUUUCUUUUAUGUUACCCCAUUCCUCCUCAUCAUCCUUCUUUGUCUUG